AUGCCUUCGCCACCAUCAAAGCGCGUCAAACUCGAUCCCGAUGCUGCUGAUCCCACGUCUAUCCGCAGCAAACGUGCGGCGUUCCUGAACUCAAUCUCACGGUCAAUUUCACCGCCAGCAGUAUCCCGCCACGGUACCCCUACUUCCGCUAACCCAAAGAAACCCCAAUCUCUCACCGCAGAAGAAGAGACGGUGUUUCAGGCCAAAUCACCGAGAGAUGAAUCUAAUGGGCCGACGACGUCUGGGCGGCGUGCCAACCACGCUUCACAACCAGCCAGCAAACCAACCGCCACGCUCUCCUCCAAGGGCGCACCACCCAACGGACAUGCUGCCAGAUUGAUUGCUUCGCCAUUCAGGCUGACCUCGAUCCGCGACCUACCAUCAUCUCAGAACAUCGACACCAUCUCCCUACACGACAUACUAGGCAUCCCGUUGAUCAAAGAGGCCUGGAUUUUCAACUACUGUUUCGACGUGGACUGGCUGAUGAGCUACUUCGACGAGGAUAUCCGCUCACAAGUCAAGGUCAAAGUAGUACAUGGGUCAUGGAGAGCCGAAGACGGCAACCGACUGGGGAUUGAGGACGCGUGCCGUCGCUGGCCCAAUGUCGAAUCAGUCACGGCGUACAUGCCCGACGCCUUUGGGACUCACCACAGCAAGAUGUUUAUCCUGUUCACGCACGACGACCUGGCUCAAGUGGUGAUCCACACUGCCAAUAUGCUGCAUAGGGACUGGACGAAUAUGACACAGGCGGUCUGGCAGUCUCCGAUGCUGCCAGUUUUGCCGCCCACCACCAACAAUAACUCAACCGGGGCGAAAGGGAAUCAACCCAAGAGUACUUCUACUUCUCCCAUUGGAUCAAUCGGGACCGGGUCGCGCUUCAAGCACGACAUGAUGGCUUACUUGUCGGCAUACGGCACCAAAACCAAAUCUCUACGCGAACAACUUGUGCGCUUUGAUUUCAGCAGUGUUCGGGGCGCUCUGGUAGCAUCUGUACCGUCUCGAAUGAAGGAGCCCACAGUAUUUUCGUCACAAAGCCUCGGGAACACCACACUCUGGGGCUACCCAAGUCUCUUCCGCACCCUGGAGACCAUUUGUCCUAGUCUUGCCAUCGAACAGGGUCAGACACCACAUCAAUCGAAUAUCAAGUCCAGAACGAUCGCUACUCAUUCUACCUCGAUGUCCACUCCAACUUCUACGUUCACCAUCACCACGCCUACUAGUACAUUUAAUCUUCAACACCAACAGAACAAUACCCCUCGCUCUCACCCUGACAUAGAUUCUAUUUCUACCACAACUAGCCAAACCAAACCCAGCGGCAAACCUCACCCCCACGUGGUAUGCCAGAUCUCCUCGAUCGCGACUCUCCCUGCAUCCUGGCUCAACCAGUUCUUCUCAGGAAUAGUAGGUGGCGGACACAGCCAUGAAAACAAGCCAUAUCCACUCCCACCAGCGACAGCGUCGACAUCAGCCAACACAAAAACAAAUACCAGGAAACAAAGCCCCAAAUCUCCCUCAGUCAAAUUCGACCCAUCCACCAUCUCAAUCAUCUUCCCAACCCCUCAAAAUGUCGCCUCCUCCCUCGACGGCUACGCCUCCGGAGGUUCUAUCCACAUGAAAGCCCAGGCGGCCAGCCACUUGAACCAGAUAUCUCUUUUACGGCCAUCGCUAUGCCAAUGGACUAGAUCUCAAACUGGAGCAUCAUCAUCGUCGUCGUUGUCCGGAAGACAUCUGGCAGCUCCGCACGUCAAGACAUAUAUUCGCUUCAAAAGCAAACCGACCACCCAGCACCCAACUCCCGAUAUCGACUGGGCGUUGCUGACGAGCGCGAAUUUGUCGACGCAGGCUUGGGGCGUUGUGCGUGAACCUAAAGACAAACGAAAAGAAAAAGAAGUGGUCGUGCAGAGUUUUGAAAUUGGGGUUUUGGUCUGGCCGGGGUUGUUUGGUCCUGAGUUUGAGGAUGAGGGAACAAUAAAACAAGAUGGUGCCGGGUCUGGACGUGAUGCAAGGAUGGGGACUGGUGACUACGAUAUCAAAAACACUACAAACCCCUCGAAAGAGGAUCAGAGUCAGAAUCUCAACUCUGUGCACUCUGUGCGCAUGGCACCUGUUUUUGGCACGGAUAUGCCGUCACAGUUGCAGCUACAGCCGGCAAACAUCGGUACCGGCAUCGUCGAAGAUGGAACCGCAAGCGGAAACGGCAACGAAAACGGGAACGUGAAUGAAAAAGACGUAUCAAGUACAACUACCACUCUGGUAGGCAUCCGUCUGCCCUACGAUCUACCUCUGACACCGUACGUCGAGACCGAUAUGCCUUGGUCGCCGCAGGGAGUGUACGAGGUUCCAGAUCGACAUGGGAGACGGUGGCCUCGAGAUUUUAGUUGA